AUGGGGCCUCCUCCGAAGAAGCUGGUCUACAGCUUCGUGGGGCGCGGCACCACGGUGCUGGCCGACCACGCCGAGGCCUCCGGCAACUUCGCCUCCGUCGCUGCCCAGUGCCUCCAGAAGCUCCCGCCCAACAACAACCGGCUCAGCUACAACUGCGACGGCCACACCUUCAACUACCACAUCCACGAUGGAUUCACAUAUUGUGUUGUUGCUACCGAGUCUGCUGGUCGGCAACUUCCAAUCGGCUUCAUUGAGAGGGUUAAGGAGGAUUUCGCCAAGAAAUACAGCGGAGGAAAAGCCAAAACUGCUGGUCCCAAUAGCCUCAAACGAGAAUUUGGGCCUAAGCUUAAAGAACACAUGAAGUAUUGUGACCUGCAUCCUGAGGAAAUUGACAAGCUUGCAAAAGUGAAGGCUCAGGUUUCAGAGGUGAAGGGAGUGAUGAUGCAAAACAUUGAAAAGGUACUAGAUCGUGGUGAGAAAAUCGAACUGCUUGUCGAUAAGACCGAGGAUCUCCGCUCACAGGCACAAGAUUUCAAGAAGCAAGGAACAAAGAUACGGCAGAAGAUGUGGUGGGAGAACAUGAAGAUAAAGCUCAUCGCUUUUGGCAUCAUUGUCUUGCUGAUCCUCUGCAUCAUCUUGACAGUUUGCCGCGACUUCAAAUGCUGGUGA